AUGGCGACUGCGACCGAAGCAAAUGCGUUGGGGUACAAUCUGAAGGUGGACUAUGUGAUCAACUACAACUUUGGUGAUUUAGACCAGGCGCAGGCGAUCGCACAGCUUGAGAAGCUGCUUCGGGCCCUUGCCAAUGCGGGCCUGGAAUGUGAAGUUCGUCAGGGUGAUGAGACGUCGCUGCUAGUCUUUGUUCGUGCGUCGAAGAAACGGCUAAACCGGGCGGUGUAUCGGUCGCGAGUGCGCGACUGGCUCUAUGGCAUUCGCAAUGCCGAACCAGAGCCGGCUAGCUCCAUCGAACCCCAGAAUGAAGGCGAGCGACUGCGGGCGAUCAACCAUAUGAUCACACUCCCCACCGAAGAGGGCGGCGCCGGUAUCACCCCGAACCACGGCGAAUGGAAGAAUGUUACUGGCCUUCUACCUUUGCACGACGAGGAGACCAACAAGAAAUGGCUGCACGAAUGGAGCCAGAAGACCUUCCUGUCGGAAGAUGACUUGGAUCAGAUCCGGGACAAGUUUGGAGAGAGCGUCGGGUUCUACUUUGCUUUCCUACAGUCGUACUUCCGGUUCCUCAUCUUCCCGGCUGUGUUUGGAUUCUCGUGCUGGUUCCUGCUUGGUGGCUAUUCCAUUGUGUAUACCUUGGUCAAUUCCUUGUGGGGUAUCGUUUUUGUGGAGUAUUGGAAGAGGAAGGAGGUGGAUUUGAGCUGUCGCUGGCAGACGAAGGGUGUUUCGGCUGUGGAGACCAAACGCCGCGAGUUUAAGCCCGAGAAAGAGAUCCGUGAUGAAGGUACUGGUGAGAUGCGGGGAGUGUUUCCUGCGACGAAGCGCAUGCAGCGCCAGCUUCUUCAGAUUCCGUUCGCAUUGCUUUCUGCUAUCGGGCUGGGUGUUAUCAUUGCAACUUGCUUUGCGAUUGAAAUCUUUAUCGCGGAACUGUAUAGUGGUCCUUUGAAGAGCUACUUGGUCUUCAUCCCGACCAUUCUUCUCUCUGCGUUGGUACCGACUAUGAGCGCGGUGCUCGUGUCUGUUGCCACCAAGCUCAAUGACUACGAGAACCAUGAGACCGAUGAGACUUAUGACACUGCAUUGACCCAAAAGGUCUUUGUUAUCAACUUUAUCACUUCCUAUCUGCCGAUUCUUUUGACAGCAUUCGUCUAUGUGCCAUUUGCCAGCCACAUUGUCCCUCAUCUGGACAUCUUCCGCCUCACUAUUCGGCCCUUCGUGUCCGAUGAACACGCUACUACUGCUGAUUGCUCUCACUUCAAGAUUGACCCCCAUCGUCUACGAAACCAAGUCAUUUACUUUACCGUUACUGCCCAGAUUGUUGGAUUCGCUAUGGAGACCAUUGUCCCGUACAUCAAGCAACACGCACUCCGGGAAUACAAGGCGUACAAUAAGAAGAAGAACGGCAAGUCGGAGAACAAUGGUGACAAGGAUUCUCCUGAACGGUCGCCUAUCAUGACCUACGAUGAUCCCCUCGAGGAGAAGGAAUUCUUGAAGCGCGUCCGUAACGAGGUCGAGCUACCCGAUUAUAAGGUGACCGAUGACUUGCGCGAGAUGUGCAUCCAGUUUGGUUAUCUCGCACUUUUCUCACCUACAUGGCCUUUGGUCCCGCUGUCAUUCUUCAUCAACAACUGGAUCGAGUUGCGAUCUGAUUUCUUCAAGAUCUGCAUGGAGUUCCGGCGACCCACGCCACUCCGAUGCGAUACUAUUGGCCCCUGGCUGGAUACUCUUGGCUUCCUAUCUUGGGUGGGCAGCAUCACCAGCGCGGCGUUACUCUAUAUGUUCUGCGGAGAUAACCAGCUCGGACCAAACGGGGAGCCCACAGACAUCAAAGGAUGGGCAUUGCUGCUGGUCAUCUUCUUCUCAGAACACCUGUACCUGAUUGUCCGCUACGCCGUGCAGACAGCCAUGAACAGACUCGAGCCCCCCAACGCCCGCAAGGAGCGCGGCGAGCGAUACCUCAUGCGCAAGAGAUAUCUCGAAUCGACUCUCAAAGCCGAAGCCAAUGAAGAGACCGAGAAAGAGGAUCUUGUCUCCGAGGUCCCACCGGAGAUUACCCGCUCCGCCCUCGAGGCGGACGCUCGCCGUAACUCCGGACACUCGGCGGAUCCAGCGGAGAGAUUCUGGAUGCGUCAGCGUGGCUGGACUGAGUCAGCUAAGGUGGGUGCGGGCAUUAUUCAGGCCCAGCCUAGCAAGGGAAAUGCCAAGAAGCAGCAGUGA